AUGUCUGCCAUAUUCGAAGACAUGUUUGAUGUGAAGAACAUUGAUGAUGAGAAGUUCGACAGGGUCUCUCGGAUAAAGGCACAGUCGCACACUUACAAUGCAGAGAUUGAGGUAGAUAUCAACACUGAGAUCUAUCCCAUCGGCAGCAGUGACACGUUGCGGAUCGCUAUUGCCUCGGCCGCUGACGCCAAUGAGGGUUACCAGGGAGAGGCGGCGCAACCUGGUAUCAUUGAUGAUUACGAGUAUGCUAUGUACGGCAAGGUAUAUAAGAAGAUGAAUAAGACUGUCGGAACCGAGACUGUUGCUUCACGCACUAUCAUAUACGUCUCCUUUGGAGGACUGUUGAUGAAGUUGGAGGCGCAGAGGAGCGACGUGGACGAGGCUAUUCGCCUUGAUGACCGUCUCUACCUCCUCAUGAGGAAAGUUUACUAA